AUGCGCCGAUCGGCUCGGGCCGUGCGCGCGCGUCCUGCGUAUGCAGAGCAGGUAGACGGCAGCGAGAGCGAAGAGGAGUGGGCCGAGGUGCAGAAGGUACUUCAAGGCGACACCACCGACGAGGACGAGGCGUUUACAAAGACGCCGCCCGCGAAAAAGCCGCGUGUCUCGCGAGCGAAAAGCGAGGAUACGAGCUUGUCCGAAAGCGUAUCAUCCGAAAACGAGUCGCUCUAUGCAGAUCCGUCGCAGAGCGAGGCCGAGUCACAAAUCACGACCGGGGCCACGAGCGAUAGCGAGGUGAAGCGCGAAGAUAGCGAGCCGCCACUCAAGCAGGAGGACCUGGACGCCACACCCCGGCCCAAGCGCGAGGUGCUGGAGUCUGCGCUCAAGAGCGAGCCGGAUGAGACGGACGACGACGAGCCGCUAGCACAGCAGCAGCUGCGUGACUCGAAAAAGAAGCCCAAACGCACCAAAAAGCCGGCGGCGCCAAAGCUCUCUGCCUAUCACAAGCGGAUCCUCGCGCUGGUGGCCUCGCACCCCGAGCUUGCCUCGGUAUGGGACACGCUCCGCCGCGAGCCGCGGCAAGGGCUGCCGCCCAAGGCCGAGCAGCCCGAAGGCAUUUCGAUGCCGUUGCUGCCGUUUCAGCGCGAAGGACUCUACUGGCUCCAGCAGCAGGAGCGCAGCAUCUGGCACGGCGGCCUGCUGGCCGACGAGAUGGGCAUGGGCAAGACGAUCCAGAUGGUAUCACUGCUGGUCUCCGAUCGCAAGCGCCCGAACCUGGUCGUGGCGCCGACAGUGGCCAUUCUGCAGUGGCGCAACGAGAUGCAGCGGUACGCCAAGGACCUGAAGAUUGUCGUGUGGCACGGCGCUCAGCGCACGCAGGACGCAGAAGAGCUUUCUAGUGCAGACGUUGUCAUGACCUCGUACUCUGUGCUGGAGAACGCCUACCGAAAGAUGCACUAUGGCUUCCAGCGCCGCGGGCGGCGCGUCAAAGAGCCGAGUUUGAUGCACACCAUUGCAUGGCGCCGCGUGAUUCUCGACGAGGCGCAUCAUAUCAAGGAGCGCUCCACAAACACGGCGCGCAGUGCCUUUGCGCUGCAGAGCGACUUUCGCUGGUGUCUGAGCGGUACGCCGCUGCAGAAUCGUGUUGGUGAGCUCUACUCCAUGAUCCGCUUCCUGGGCGGUGAUCCAUUUUCGUACUACUUCUGCAAAGAGUGCCCGUGCAAGUCGCAUCGCUGGGCGUUUACGGACCGCCGAACUUGCGACGACUGCCACCACAAGCCCAUGUCGCACAUCAACUUUUGGAACUUUUUCAUCCUGCGGCCGAUCCAGCGCGACGGUACCGAGGAUGGCGACGGAAAAGAGGCAUUCACGCACCUGCGCCUUCUUCUGGAUAAUAUCAUGCUGCGGCGCACCAAGCUCGAGCGUGCGGAUGAUAUGGGCCUUCCGCCGCGCACCGUCGAAGUGCGCCGCGACUUUUUCAACGCAGAGGAAGAGGACUUGUACCAGAGCCUGUACUCGACGACGACACGCAAGUUCUCUACGUUCCUCGAUCAGGGCACGGUGCUCAACAACUACUCGAACAUUUUUACACUCUUGACGCGUAUGCGCCAAAUGUCCAACCACCCCGACUUGGUGCUACGCUCCAACACGGGCGCCAAGGCGGGUCUCUUGGGCGACCAAGACGAGGUGAAUGUGUGCAAGCUGUGCACCGAGGAGGCCGAGGAUGCUGUCAUUUCCAAGUGUCACCACGUCUUUUGCCGUGCGUGUAUUCAGCAGUACAUUGAGAGUGUGGAAGGCGACCCCGACGAGACUGGCCGCAAGAUCGACGUGACGCCCGACUGCCCGUACUGCCACGCGGUGCUCUCGAUCGACUUGGAACAGCCCGCGCUCGAGCCCCCGCAACCCAAGGCUGUGCAAGGCGAGUCGCAGCGCCAGGGUAUUCUCUCGCGCUUGGACCUCGCCAACUGGCGGUCGAGCACCAAGAUCGAGGCGCUGGUCGAAGAGCUGACCAAACUGCGCGAGCUGCCGGACCGCUCGAUCAAGUCCCUCGUCUUUUCGCAGUUUGUCAACUUUCUGGACCUGAUCGCGUUCCGACUGCAGCGCGCUGGCUUCCGCAUCUGCCGGCUCGAGGGCAACAUGACGCCGGAAGCGCGCGAUCGCACCAUCAAGCACUUUAUGGAGAACCCUGGCGUGACCGUCUUUCUUGUUUCGCUCAAGGCGGGUGGUGUUGCGCUGAAUUUGACCGAGGCGUCGCGCGUCUACCUCAUGGACCCGUGGUGGAAUCCCGCGGUCGAGGUCCAGGCCAUGGACCGCAUCCACCGUCUCGGACAGCACCGUCCCAUCGUGGUAAAGCGUAUGAUUAUUGAAAACAGCAUCGAGAGCCGCAUCAUCGAGCUGCAGAAUAAGAAGAGUGCGAUGAUCGAGGCGGCGAUUGGAAACGACGACUCGGCCAUGGGGCGUUUGUCGGUGGACGAUUUGCGCUUUUUGUUUACGCUGUAA